AUGGUCAAGGAUACCAAGUAUUAUGAUGUUCUGGAAGUCCGUCCAGAUGCAGGAGAAAAUGAUUUGAAAAAAGCAUAUAGAAAAUUAGCCUUAAAAUAUCACCCGGACAAGAAUCCAGCGGCAGGUGAUAAAUUUAAAGAGAUCAGUCAUGCAUAUGAAGUACUUUCAGACCCACAAAAACGAGAAAUUUAUGAUCGGUAUGGAGAAGAAGGUCUUUUAGGAGAUGGAUCAGGUGGAAUGGGUGGUAUGAAUGCAGAGGACAUCUUUUCACAGUUCUUUGGUGGUAGCAUGUUUGGAGGUGGUACAAAUCGUGGUCCUACAGGGCCUCGAAAAGGCAAAGAUCUUGUUCAUCCUUUGAAAGUAUCUCUUGAAGAUUUAUAUAAAGGCAAGGUCUCUAAACUUGCAUUGCAAAAGCAUGUUAUGUGUUCAAAAUGUGAUGGCCGUGGUGGGAGAGAGGGUGCAGUUAGGCAAUGUAGUACUUGUAAUGGUACGGGUCACAAAACAGUUACACGUGCUUUGGGUCCUAUGAUUCAGCGCUUUCAAACGGUUUGUCCGGAUUGUAACGGGGAGGGUGAGCAUAUUAGGGAAAAAGAUAGGUGUAAAGAGUGUAAGGGUAAAAAAACUAUUAACGAACGUAAGCUUCUUUCUGUUCAUGUUGAUAAAGGCAUGAAAGAGGGACAGAAGAUUGUGUUUAAUGGAGAAGGAGAUCAAGGCCCAAAUAUUAUCCCUGGAGAUGUUAUUUUUGUAUUGGAACAAAAAGAACAUCCUCUUUAUAAACGACGGGAUGAUGAUCUUUAUACUGUUCAUAAAAUUGAUCUUUUAACGUCUCUUGCUGGAGGAAAAGUUUUUAUACAACAUUUGGAUGAUCGAUUUCUUGAAAUUUGUAUUCUCCCAGGACAAUGUAUUAAACCAGGAGAUGUUAAGGUUUUACAAGGAUAUGGUAUGCCUUCUUAUAGACAUCAUGAUUACGGAGAUUUAUAUGUUCGAUUCGAAAUUGAAUUUCCAAGACCUUACUCUAUUACAGAUCCUGCUAGCUUUUCUCUUCUAGAAAAAAUCCUUCCUCCUCGAAAUGAAGUUAUGAUUCCUGAGAAUGCAGUAAUAGAGGAAGCUGCUAUUUCCGAUCUCGAUCCAAUGCAGGAAGCACGUGCAGAAGGUGCUGCUAAAGGUGGGCGAGGUACCAAUGGCAUGUCUGAGGAGUAUGAAGAUGAAGGCACACAUGCCGGCGUUAGUUGCGCUCAUCAAUAA